CUGACUGGCCGCCGGCCGCCGCCGACAGGAAGCGCGGUGCUCGCCGGUCCUGGUGGGAAGUGCGGAUAAUCAAGAUGGCGGGCAGCAAGCGGCUGAUGAAGGAACUUGAGGAAAUCCGCUCGUCUGGAAUGAAGAAUUUCCGUAAUAUCCUAGUGGAUGAAACAAAUGUAUUCUAUUGGCAAGGACUUAUUGUUCCUGAUAACCCUCCAUAUGACAAAGGGGCUUUCAGGAUUGAAAUAAGCUUUCCAUCAGAAUAUCCUUUCAAACCACCUAAAAUUACAUUCAAGACAAAGAUCUAUCAUCCCAACAUUGAUGAAAAAGGACAAGUUUGUCUCCCGGUCAUUAGUGCUGAAAACUGGAAACCAGCAACCAAAACUGACCAAGUUAUCCAGUCACUCAUUGCACUUGUGAAUGACCCACAGCCCGAGCAUCCUCUAAGAGCUGACCUAGCUGAAGAAUACUCUAAGGACCGUAAAAAAUUCUUUAAGAACGCUGAAGAGUUUACAAAGAAAUAUGGAGAAAAGCGACCAGUGGACUAAGACUUCUGUCAUGCUGCCUUUCUGAUUCCAGAUUCUGGGCAGUACAUUUGAAACACACCAUCCAGCAGGACUCUGAUGAACACAUACAAGUGUCACCUUUGGUGUUUACUUGUGGCUGUUACUAACUUUCUACAGUUUUCAUAUAAUCAGAAAUGGGUUAGAUAAUGACUGUUCAGAUGGGAUUAAAGCUAAAUAAGACAGUCUAGUUCUGCUUUCUAGUUUAAAAAGAAAAUCACUGCUUUAGCAAACAACUUUUCUCUCACAAUUCCAUGAGUUCUUUUAACAGAUGGUAUUCUACCCUUGAGCUCAACAAGUAGGUUGCAUUUUUUUUUCAGCUACCCCCCCCACCCAACUCCAGUCUCUUUUAUUUUCUCAUUUUUGUGAAAUUAUUUUUCCAAACUGUGUCUUAGUGAAGAACGACAAAAUCCUGAAGGAGAUUGGUGAAUAUUGAAGCGAUUUGUUAUACUUUCUCUUAAUGUUGCACUGUUUUGUGGGAAAACUGGUUGCAAGUAGACCAGGCCUACAGUGUGCUUAGAACAUUGGAAGGGGAAAGAUGCUAAUGUUGCUGGAGGAGAAAAAAGCAGCUUGUUCCCAUGUAAUUUAGCUCGUGUUACUAUACGGUGAUGUUGACAAAAUAGGAAGCCCAUGAUUUUGCAUGCGAUUAAAUGUUACAAACGGGGAUUGAUUUUUUUUUCAAAACUUUUUCUUGUACUCCCUUUCCUUGGUUACCUUUUGAAUUAACUGAUUUGUAGAGGAUACAUACCAAUUGCAUUGUUCGUCAGGCUGUGUGACCCCAAGUGCUAAUGUUAUUGCACCACUUUUCACAGGCCCAGAGUCCCAUGCCCAUGGAAAACCCUAAAUUAAACAUAAAGCAAGGAAAUUGAAAAUGGGAAUCGAUGGUCACAUUUCAAACCAGUAUCAAGUUUGUUUGGAGCUGUAUAUGGGUUAGGUGGUCUGUUUUAAUCGUACAGGAAUUGAAUUAGCAAUAGGAAUUUAAGAUUAAUGAAGUGAUUGCAUGAGCAGAUCGAUACACCCUUAUUCUCCUUCGGGCUACUGUUCAGAGCUUUGUGCUGUAACUCUGACAUUUGUUCUUUCUACACUUCCUUUAUGAUUUAUUUUACUAAUUUAAUUUAACGAGAUUCAGAAACUUGCACUCCUGUGGAAUAGAUCCUGCGCAUUCUGCUUCACUAGUUUAGAUAUGAUGGUUACCUCACAGUAGCGUUUGUAGAUUGGAUUUUCUUUUCUUAAUCUUGCAUCCAGCUUGGCUAAUUUUGGAAGAUUUUGGAGCCAAACCAACAUGCUGCUUUUAUGCAAAUUUACAUUGGCUAAUUCAGCUUCUGAAAAGUGUUCAUGUUUAGCUCAUUCAAUAGACAGCCAAAAAAAAAAGUUAUUGACAUCAGAGCUUUGUUAUACGAGUAAAGAUCUGGGAUGUUUAAUUUCAGGGCAUUGCCACACUUAAGCGUAGUCAAUCACCUUUAAAUUAGGAAACAGAAUGAGUUGAAAAUGUCUGUCUGUCCAGCCUUAGACAAUAACCUGACUACUGGCGAAACUACUGCUGGUAUAAUGUCCAAUUAGAGCAGUGUUGCCCAAAGAAAGUGUUCACAUGCUAAUUAUCCUGGAUGCUUUUUCUUAUCUAUAUUUCCAUGUUUUAAUAUAGGAAGGAAUAAAAAAAUAGAAUGGAAUUUGAGCAUUAAGAUAAAGGUAUUUGGAAGAGUAUUUACACUGCUGAAAUGUCAGUUGAUUGAGGUUAGUCAAAAUACAUAUUUGGGCUAUAUUUUAACCAUUUAAGUGGAUUAUUAGCUCUGAAAUUGUAUCCUAUUUUGACUCGUGUACAUUUUACCACUGUUAAUUCACAGUACUGUCUGUAAAAUGGGAACAACUACCCUUUCUUUAAACUUAAGUACCCAAAAUCAUUUUUUAAGCAGUCAACAUUAAAAUUAGUCUGGAUAAAGCUUAAUUGUCUCAAUUGGGUUUGUAAAGAAAAUUGUGAAUGAUGCUGGAUUUGACAAACUUCCAGGCACUUUGGGAUUCAAAUAAAACUUCAUGCAGUGUA